ACUUUAGUACACCCACCGCUCAGGCAUGGAAUAAAACCCCAGCUAGCAUCACUCCUGCUCCGCGAGGAUGGCUUCUCCAGCAGUUUGCAUGGCAUCCAACCUUUUGCCGAGCUGCAUCCAAUCGCUUUCUUCACAAUGACACGGAUGCAACUCAAAUUCAUGGAAUUGAGCUGCUAUGCCUGUGCGAUUUGAUGUCCUGUUAGCCCUUCUGCAGGAACUCGGCUUACAGAGCUCACGCUUGCACCGGCGAUGUGAGCGGCUACGGUACCCACGUCCGUUACUCCGUAGCUGUCCGCUAGCACCCCGCUCCCCGAGGACGGCGGAGGGCCGGCGGCGGGCAGCUCCCCCGGGGCGCCUGGAAGCGAGGGGCUGCGCCCUCUGACGGGCCCGGGCGAUGGGAGGCAGCGCGGCGGGGCGGGGUGACCGCCGCCGCUCUAAUAAGACCGGGGCCGGCACCGGCCGAGGGCCGUUCGCCUCGGCGCCCCGCGCCCAUCAUGCAGUGCUUCCCCAGCCUGGUGCUGGCGCUCAGCUCGCUGCUGGGCGCCCUGGCGUUGCUGCAGCUCUCGCUCUACCUGCGGGUGCCGUCCCGCUACGGCAAGCACGAGGAGCGGCCGUGCCGGCCGCGGGGUCGGCUGCCGGCGCGCUGCGCCUGGUUCGUGCAGGAGCUGCCCUCCUUCCUGGUACCCGCGCUGCUGCUGGCGCUGCGCAGCCCGCCCCGCCUCGAGCCGCUGGGCUGCCGCCUGCUCUGCUGCCUCUUCUGCUGGCACUACUUCUACAGGGGUACUACCUGAUCUACUGCGCUGAAUACCCAAAUGACUGGUGCACCGACAUCCGAUUUACAUCAGGCCUCCUCUUAUUUCUGCUGGGAAUGGGAAUCAACAUUCACAGCGAUCUCCUGCUGCGCCAGCUGAGGAAACCUGGGGAAGUCACUUACAAGAUUCCUCAAGGGGGGCUGUUCACCUAUGUUUCUGGAGCCAACUACUUUGGAGAAAUUGUGGAAUGGUUUGGUUUUGCCAUUGCAACCUGGUCGCUACCAGCUUUCACUUUUGCCUUUUUCACUCUUUGCUGCAUUGGGCCCCGUGCUUACCACCAUCACAGGUACUAUCUCAAGACAUUUACGGACUAUCCAAAAUCAAGGAAAGCCUUGAUUCCUUUUGUUUUUUAAUGACUUGGAUAUGGACUCUGUAUUCUGUUUUUAUAGGGCUUUUUCCAAUUCCUAGUUUUAAAGUUAGGUCUGGCUAUAAAUAAUUGUACAAAUGGUAACCUGAGGUUGUAACAGGCAAGAAGGUCAUACAGAACUGAAGCUAUUGUUUUUAAUUACAGGGAAAAUUGCAGACAGUUUUGGGUAGAAGGACUUCCCAAGUAACAUACUUGCUUGUCUGUGGAGUUCUACCUGUGGAAAACGAGUAUGACUCCACUGACAUCAUAGAAAAAGCACUGGCUAAAAUCCAGUGCAGAAAACAGAAAGUAAGCCUGUGACUUCAAGAGAAAGUCUUGGGCCACUCCAAUCAGUAGCCCUUCUGCAGCUGCUUCUUCCUGCCCCAUGCCAUAGCACAUGAGCCUUCGUGGCAGUCUCCUUUGUCAAGAAAAUAACUCUACCCUUUAUUUUGCAUCUAGAAGCAAAGUUAACUCCCAGAGCCGCAAUGCAACAAGAAGACACUUGUGGGUACAAGGCUGGGAGCAGUGUGUUGUGGCACAGAGGCAGUGUGAAGUAUGCAGAGGUGCAAGCACCUUGAGCUGUUGCUCACGAGCACAGUGCCUGCGUUACUUCCUUAAGCAAUACCCUCCUCACUGCCAGAUGAUUAAUCCUUUCCCACCAGGAUUUUUUUUUAAAAUGUACUUUGUUAAAGUAAUUGCAGCAGCAUUAGAACUUUUUUCCUUCUGGCAAAUCCAGAGGUCUUUUCAGAAUAAAAAUUUCUUCACUCAAACCCUCUCAAUUUUUAUUCAUUAAAAAAAAAAACUUGAAAUGGUGAUGUAUAACAAAAAGAAUAAUAAAAAUGAAAAGCUCUGUGUUGAAGAAAAUAUUCUCUGACACUGGCAGUACAUUUUGUCUAAGAGGAACAUUUUCAGAUUCUUCUAUUAGGAAAUGAUACACAGAUAUUAUUGAAUUUCCACAAAGACACAGUAUGUCUUUUCAUAAUUUUAGAAUAUAGUUAUGACAUUUUUUCUGGAAAAUUCCUUAACCUCAACAGGAACAGAUGUCUCAGUAAAUGAUGAUAGUUUUAGUUACUCUUCACAGCGCAGAAUCUGGCUAAAAAUUAUGCUGAAUGGCUGGAAAAAAAAACAAACAAAAACAGACCACAUACUAAACAUAUUACAUGCUGCUAGAGUAACCUGAUGGACUGUAUGCAGUUUUUUCUGAAACACAAUAAAAUUUAUGUAAAACACA